AUGGCUGACGCAGACAAAGACAUACUCGCGGCGAGAGUGUCUGCGGAAUUGAAGGACAGUGAGCUUUCAACACGAGAUUCCGACGAGAUCCAGCAACAGCAAGCUCCCUUACCUCGUUCCAAGUGGGUCAGAUGGUACAGAAGUACCCUCUUCAAUGUCAUCAUUGUGGGAUUGAUAUCCUUUACACAACCGGGUAUCUGGAAUGCCUUGAACAAUACUGGUGCUGGUGGUCAGCAAGAGCCUUAUCUGGUGAACGGUGCCAAUUCACUGACCUUUGGUAUAAUGGUUUUUGGCUGCUCUAUCUUUGCUGUUUUGGCCAAUCGAUUCGGUCUCAAGCCAAUGCUGAUAAUCGGUACUUUGGGUUAUGCGCCAUAUUCAGCGGCAUUGUACGUCAACAACCGCUAUGGAACUGAAUGGUUUGUCUUGUUCGGAGCGACUACUUGCGGGAUUGCUGCUUCUGCUUUGUGGGCAACUGAAGGCGCAAUCGCCCUUGGAUAUCCCACGGUGAAGGACAGAGGAAUCUAUACGGGAAUUUGGCUCGGUCUGCGAGAACUUGGUCAACUCAUCGGCUCCUCCAUUCAGCUUUCAUUGAACCACAAGUCGGCAAAGACAGGAAAAGUUGGCUACAACACUUAUCUCGUCUUAAUUGCACUUCAAUGUCUCGGACUUCCACUCGCUUUACUGAUCUCGCCCCCCGGAAAGGCAAUUCGAUCUGAUGGGACUCGAGUUCCAGAUCCGACGAGGGCGAAGUUGGUCACCGCAGAGUUCAAAAAGAUCUGGAAACUGCUCAAGAGAAAGCAGAUGUUUCUUCUCGUCCCAAUCCUGGUCGGUUAUAACUGGAACGGAACGUACUUGAGUAUUUACAUGACCAAGUACUUCUCAGUCCGGGCACGCACGUUGGGAGCUCUGACCUCUGGUAUUGCCGCUACGAUCGCCGAUCUCUUCUGGGGCUGGUUCCUCGACUGGAGGAUUUUUAGCCGCCCGAAGGCUGCGAAAAUCACCUGGGCGGUCUUUGCAACCAUCAUGAUUUCAUUGUUCGCCUGGCAAUUUGCGAACGAGAAGAAGUACGAGGACUCGCCUACCAAAGUCACGAUUGACUGGCUUUCGCCAGAAUUUGGUCGUGCUUUCGCAGUCAAUGUGUUAUUCCGAUUCAUGAACGAGUCCCACUACAUAUUCGUGUACUGGAUCGUAGGGACAUUUUUCGAAGAUGUCGAGACGUUGACGCUGUCGGUGGGUAUCAUUCGGUCGUUUGAAUCCGUCGGGAGCUGUCUUUCAUUUGGAAUUGGUGCAGCCAAGAUUUCACCGAUGGUUAAUUUGAUUGUGGCUUUUGUCAUGUUCAUUCUCUGCGUACCCACAACGUCCUACCUAACAUGGCAGGUGCCGGAGCACCCAAAGGAUAUCAGAAAACAACUGGAUGGCGAGUCAACCCAUACAGAUGACGAGCUUGACAGAGCUGCGGUCUAG